AGGAGAACCUGUUCUUCGACUUGGGUGGAAUGACAUUUAACUGACAGAAGCAUCGAGGUAGAAAGAGUCGUAGGAGUACGGAGGCUGAACAUCACCUGCUGCUCUUCAGCUGGACAGAGUUCACAGCAUCCCAAGGUUAUAACGAAGACCAUUUUCAUGAUAUCUAUGCAGCUGUAAAUGUAUAAUGGAGAACAUGGACGGGCGUGGUCGGAGCAGAAGCUUCUCUGAAAACUUAGUCCUGGGUGAUUCAGAGAAAGGAGGAGUGGUCAUUGCUGACAUCAAAGAUGGCUCUUUUGCUGAUAGGAGUGGGUUGAAAGAGGGAGAUGAAAUUGUUGGUGCCACCAUUCACUUUGACCACCUGAAGAAAAAUGAUGUGGAGAAGUUGUUGAAACUCAUUGAGCCAUUUGAUAACCAAAUGCAAGUUCUGAAAAGAGAAGACCUGAAAACCAGCUUGAGCCUCAGUUCAUUAAAUGCCCAGAACAAAGUUCCUGAAGAUAUGCUCAAGGAUUCAUACAACAAACUCUACAAAAACAAGGUCAAAAAAUUCCUGAAGCCAGAAUCGUCCUUAUCCGGUACAGAUGAAGAUCUGUCUGUUGAGCUCAAUAGCUCUGGUGGACAACUGAAUACCCCAAGGGCUGGACUUAAUUUGGAAGGUACCACUUUAAAUGGGGUGUUGCCCAGCGUGAACCCAAAAACACCUGGGGUAGACCUGAACACUAGCCUCAAGUCCCCUGAUGUCAAACUGUCAGCUCCAGAUCUGCACGCACCAAGGAUCAGUCUGCAGGGAUCAAACCCUGAUGUCCGUCUGCCUGGUGUGACUCUAAACCAACCAGCGUUUGACACCAAUCUCAGUUUACCAAGUGAGAGCAUUAAGGGACCGCGGUUCACAAUGCCAGCUGUUGGGAUGUCUGGGCCGAAACUGAAAGGAGCUGACCUGGAUGGAACUUUCAGAAACCCCGAACUUAAUAUCCCAGAUCCAAAGCUCAAUGGCCCAGAAGUCAACUUGCACUCUGAGCUGCCACGUGGAAAAAUGGACAUCCAAACUCCAGGUGCUUCUCUUGAUCUUGGGAAGCCCAAUGUCGGUUCAAAUGACCUACAUUUUAACCCUCCAAAAUUCAAAAUGCCCCAAUUUGAUUUGCCUAAUAUCAAACCAAAGACACCAGAUCUGAAUAUGUCUGCUCCUAAUCUGAAGGCAAAUGUGCAAACUCCCCAUAUAGAUGUCAAAGGUCCAAAAGCAGACCUGAAAACUCCAGAUCUUGACACUGAGGCACCCUCUGGAAAAUUCAAAUGGCCUACAUGGAAGGCACCAAAAUUUGGACUUUCUGGACCCAAGGUAAAAGGACCUGAUGUUGAUGCUAGUGCAGAUCUGAAGACACCUGACUUGAGUCUUUCAGCACCUAAGAUUAAAGGUGACCUCAAAGCUCCAGGUGUAGAUCUGAGUUUGCCCAAAGCUGACCUCAGUGGCCCCGAUCUUCAUUUGAAAGCCCCAGAUGCUGACAUAGAUGCCCCAUCAGGAAAGCUCAAAAUGCGGACUUUAAAGAUGCCCAAGUUUGGUUUGUCAGGACCAAAGGUGAAAGGACCAGAUAUUGAUGCAGACCUGAAGGCACCUGACUUGAGUCUUUCAGCACCUAAGAUUAAAGGUGACCUCAAAGCUCCAGAUGUAGAUCUGAGUUUGCCCAAAGCUGACCUCAGUGGCCCCGAUCUUCAUUUGAAAGCCCCAAAUGCUGACAUAGAUGCCCCAUCAGGAAAGCUCAAAAUGCGGACUUUAAAGAUGCCCAAGUUUGGUUUGUCAGGACCAAAGGUGAAAGGACCAGAUAUUGAUGCGGACCUGAAGACACCUGACUUGAGUCUUUCAGCACCUAAGAUUGAAGGUGGCCUCAAAGCUCCAGAUGUAGAUCUGAGUUUGCCCAAAGCUGACCUCAGUGGCCCCGAUCUUCAUUUGAAAGCCCCAGAUGCUGACAUAGAUGCCCCAUCAGGAAAGCUCAAAAUGCCGAAUUUAAAGAUGCCCAAGUUUGGUUUGUCAGGACCAAAGGUGAAAGGACCAGAUAUUGAUGCGGACCUGAAGACACCUGACUUGAGUCUUUCAGCACCUAAGAUUGAAGGUGGCCUCAAAGCUCCAGAUGUAGAUCUGAGUUUGCCCAAAGCUGACCUCAGUGGCCCCGAUCUUCAUUUGAAAGCCCCAGAUGCUGACAUAGAUGCCCCAUCAGGAAAGCUCAAAAUGCCGAAUUUAAAGAUGCCCAAGUUUGGUUUGUCAGGACCAAAGGUGAAAGGACCAGAUAUUGAUGCGGACCUGAAUACACCUGACUUGAGUCUUUCAGCACCUAAGAUUGAAGGUGGCCUCAAAGCUCCAGAUGUAGAUCUGAGUUUGCCCAAAGCUGACUUCAGUGGCCCCGAUCUUCAUAUGAAAGCCCCAGAUGCUGACAUAGAUUCCCCAUCAGGAAAGUUCAAAAUGCCAACUUUCAAGAAGCCCAGGUUUGGUUUUUCAGGACCAAAGGUGAAAGGACCAGAUAUUGAUGCGGACCUGAAGACACCUGACUUGAGUCUUUCAGCACCUAAGAUUGAAGGUGACCUCAAAGCUCCAGAUGUAGAUCUGAGUUUGCCCAAAGCUGACCUCAGUGGCCCCGAUCUUCAUUUGAAAGCCCCAGAUGCUGACAUAAAUUCUCCAUCAAGAAAGUUCAAAAUGCCGACUUUCAAGAUGCCCAAGUUUGGUUCGUCAGGACCAAAGGUGAAAGGACCAGAUAUUGAUGCGGACCUGAAGACACCUGACUUGAGUCUUUCAGCACCUAAGAUUGAAGGUGGCCUCAAAGCUCCAGAUGUAGAUCUGAGUUUGCCCAAAGCUGACCUCAGUGGCCCCGAUCUUCAUUUGAAAGCCCCAGAUGCUGACAUAGAUUCCCCAUCAGGAAAGUUCAAAAUGCCGAAUUUUAAGAUGCCCAAGUUUGGUUUUUCAGGACCAAAGGUGAAAGGACCAGAUAUUGAUGCGGACUUGAAGACACCUGACUUGAGUCUUUCAGCACCUAAGAUUGAAGGUGGCCUCAAAGCUCCAGAUGUAGAUCUGAGUUUGCCCAAAGCUGACCUCAGUGGCCCCGAUCUUCAUUUGAAAGCUCCAGAUGCUGACAUAGAUUCCCCAUCAGGAAAGUUAAAAAUGCCGAAUUUAAAGAUGCCCAAGUUUGGUUUGUCAGGACCAAAGGUGAAAGGACCAGAUGUUGAUAUUGAUGCAGACCUGAAGACAACUGACUUGAAUCUUUCAGCACCUAAAUUUGAAGGUGACCUCAAAGCUCCAGAUGUAGAUCUGAGUUUGCCCAAAGCUGACCUCAGUUGCCCUGAUCUUCAUUUGAAAGCCCCAGAUGCUGACAUAGAUUCCCCAUCAGGAAAGUUAAAAAUGCCGAAUUUAAAGAUGCCCAAGUUUGGUUUGUCAGGACCAAAGGUGAAAGGACCAGAUAUUGAUGCGGACCUGAAGACACCUGACUGGAGUCUUUCAGCACCUAAGAUUGAAGGUGGCCUCAAAGCUCCAGAUGUAGAUCUGAGUUUGCCCAAAGCUGACCUCAGUGGCCCCGAUCUUCAUUUGAAAGCCCCAGAUGCUGACAUAGAUUCCCCAUCAGGAAAGUUAAAAAUGCCGAAUUUAAAGAUGCCCAAGUUUGGUUUGUCAGGACCAAAGGUGAAAGGACCAGAUUAUUGA